GCUUUGGGUUUUCGUAGUGUAGACCAGGCUCAGAAAUCCAGAUUCCGAGCUUCAACCGUCCGGCUCAACUUAUGCAGAUGUUGCUGGCGCCGUCGCCGUUGCGUCCAGCGGCGAUUUUCUUCGCUGGUUCUCCACUUUCGCACCCUCAUUGGCUUGUUCAAUUCUUCGGCUACACUACCACCCUAUCCUACCAUCCCCUUAGCCGGCGGAUUCAUCCCCAACCCUCUUUUCCUCCGCGUUCACGUCGGCUUGUGCAAUCCCAUAGCCACACUUCCUCCCUGUCCUCCCAUUCCCUUAGCCAUCGAAUUCGUCUCCAUGCUUCUCAUCUAUCGCUUCCGCAUUUGUUUUCCUCCCUCUCAGUACGCGCUGCUCCGGCGUCGGCCCCCUCCACAGGUUACCCUACCGCUGAUGAACAGUCCGAGAUGGCGAAGCUUGCCCAGGUUUCUAAGAGGUUGGAGAAUACAUCUAGAUACUUCAAACGGUUGGGCAGUUUUGGUUUUUGGGGACAACUAGUGUGUACUAUUGUUUCAGCGGUAAUAAUAUCAUUCUCUAACAUUGUUACUGGGAAAAUCACCUCGCCAGUUACGUUUUAUGCCACAGCUGGUGGAAUUGCAGCUGCAUUUGUAUCAGUUUUCUGGUCUUUUGGCUACAUCCGUCUAUCAGAAAGACUUCGUAAGACCGCCAAUGACCCUACAAAGGCUCCUCCACGAGCUGAUGUGAUAAAAAGUUUACGAAAUGGCAUUUUUCUCAAUAUUUUUGGAAUGGGUGCUUCAAUUCUAGGCAUGCAAGCAACUGUUGGAUUAUUGGUUGCCAAAGCUCUUACUUCAUCGGCAGUUCCAUACUACCAGGGUAUACCUCCAGGCCAGAGUCCCGUUUUGGCUUUAGAUGUGUUCUUGGUUCAGGCUUCUGCUAACACCAUCCUUUCACAUUUCUUGGGGCUCGUUUCUUCCUUGGAGCUGCUGCGCUCAGUCACCUUACCUAACUUGCAGGGUGUACCCCUUCAUUCCUGAAGUCUCAUGACCUGUCAGCCAAGUUUAUCUUAUUUGUAGUUUUUUUUUUGUUUGCUUUUGCUUUUGCUUUACUGAAGCUCUGUUUUAUUUAUUGUAGUGAAAAACAUAGAUGUUUGAGAAUUCUAGAGAAUAGUGUUUGCUUUUAUCCUCUUUUAUGUACAUGGAUUACCUAUGACAUUUAAUAGACUUAAAAGCCCCAUUAA